AUGACCUCUCCUGUGGAUCCCAAGAUUAAACAGGCUUUGCGAAAAAAACCAUCAGAAAGGACUCAAGAGGACUUAAAUACUAUCUAUUCUUAUCUUCAUGGAAUGGACAUAUUGUCACAUCUCAGGGAACAUCAGCUAAGAAUAAUGUCUUCAAGUGCUCGCUAUGAAAGAUACAAGGGCAACCAAGUUCUUUUUUGUUCAGACACUAUUGCCAGAUGUUGGUAUAUUCUUCUUUCUGGAUCUGUCCUUAUGAAGGACUCCAUGUUUUUACCACCAUGCAGUUUUGGCAAGCAGUCUGGAGGAAAAAGAGGAUGCGAGUGUAUUAUAUUGGAACCUUCUGAAAUGAUCGUGGUGGAGAAUUCCAAAGACAAUGAAGAGAAUAUCCUGCAAAGAGAAGUUCCCCUCAGGCAGUCUCGACGAAGGUUUAGGAAGAUUAACCAGCGGGGAGAACGUCAGACCAUCACAGACAAUGUGGAUGCUAGCAGUUAUCUUUCGCUUCCAGCAGACCUUACCAAGAUGCAUCUUACAGACAAUCCACAUCCACAGGUGACUCAUGUCCCUUCCAGCCAGUCUGGAUGUAGCAUUGCCAGUGACUCUGGAAGCAGCAGCUUAUCGGAUAUCUACCAGGCUACAGAAAGUGAUAUGGGAGAUGUAGAUUUAACAGGUCUCCCAGAAGCACCUGUGGACUCUGAAGAUGAAGAAGAAGAAGAUGAAGAUAUUGACAGAACUUCAGAUCCAUUACUGGGGCGAGAUGUUGUACGAGAGUGCCUUGAAAAAGAACCUGCAGACAAAACGGAUGAUGACAUUGAGCAAUUACUGGAAUUUAUGCAUCAACUCCCAGCCUUUGCAAACAUGACCAUGUCUGUAAGAAGAGAGCUUUGUUCAGUUAUGAUAUUUGAAGUGGUAGAACAAGCAGGAGCCAUCAUACUUGAAGAUGGACAAGAACUUGAUUCUUGGUAUGUUAUUUUAAACGGCACCGUGGAAAUCAGCCAUCCAGAUGGGAAAACUGAAAGUCUCUGUAUGGGAAAUAGUUUUGGGAUUACCGCUUCUUUGGAUAAACAGUACAUGAAUGGAGUGGUUAGGACCAAAGUAGAUGACUGUCAGUUUGUUUGUAUAGCUCAGCAGGAUUACUGGCGGAUUCUGAACCAUGUGGAAAAAAACACUCAUAAAGUCGAGGAAGAAGGAGAAAUUGUUAUGGUAAAGGAGCACAGAGAGCUAGAUCGCAGUGGAACCAGGAAAGGACAUAUAGUUAUUAAGGCAACACCUGAGCGACUCAUCAUGCAUUUAAUAGAAGAACAUUCUAUUGUGGACCCAACUUAUAUAGAAGAUUUCCUUUUAACAUACAGAACAUUUCUAUCAAGCCCAUUGGAAGUUGGGGAUAAACUCCUGGAUUGGUUUAAAGUGGACAGCCUCCGGGAUAAGGUCACCAGAGUGGUCUUAUUGUGGGUGAACAAUCAUUUUAAUGAUUUUGAAGGAGAUCCCGCUAUGACACGGUUUCUGGAAGAAUUUGAAAAAAAGUUGGAAGAUACGAAAAUGAAGGGUCACCUCAGGUUGUUGAAUAUUGCCUGUGCCGCCAAAGCAAAGUGGAGGCAAAUUACUCUGCAGAAACCUUCCAGAGACUCGCCACUCUUUUUCUGUCUAGUUGGAGGAAGCGACAAGGGUUUUGGCAUUUUUGUAGAGACUGUAGAAACAGGCAGCAAAGCAGCAGAAGCUGGACUUAAGCGUGGUGAUCAGAUAAUGGAAGUAAAUGGACAGAACUUUGAGAACAUUACAUUUGUAAAAGCUGUUGAAAUCUUGAGGAACAAUACUCAUCUUUCCAUUACUGUAAAAACAAACAUUUUUGUGUUUAAAGAGCUGCUUAGCAGGAUAGGACAGGAGAAAAAUGGAGUCCCCCAUAUUCCAAAAAUUGCAGAAAAGAAAAGUAAUCGCUACUCCAUCCCAGAUAUGCCCGGAGAUAUGGAACAGAUGUUUCCAUGCGAGAAAGGAAACAAGAAAAUCAAAGCAAACACUGUAUCUGGUGGAAGAAACAGAAUCAGGAAAAUUUUAGACAAGACACGAUUCAGCAUCUUGCCUCCCAAACUAUUUAGUGAUGGCAGUGUAAGCCAGUCACAGGAUGACAGUAUUGUCGGAACAAGGCAGUGCAGACACAGUUUGGCCAUAAUGCCUAUCCCUGGAACACUCUCAUCAAGUAGUCCUGAUCUGUUGCAGCCUACAACCAGCAUGCUGGAUUUUACUAAUCCUUCAGCUGUUGGUUUUUACUAUAUUCCAGAUCAAGUUAUAAGAGUUUUCAAAGCAGAUCAACAAAGCUGUUACAUUAUAAUAAGCAAAGACACUACCGCAAAAGAAGUUGUGAGUCAUGCAGUGCACGAAUUCAACUUGAUAGGAGCCCCAGAAACCUACUCUCUCUGUGAGGUGUCUGUUAGUCCUGAGGGAGUCAUCAAACAGAGAAGGCUUCCGGAUCAGUUCUCCAAAUUAGCAGACAGAAUCCAGCUCAAUGGAAGGUAUUAUCUGAAAAACAAUAUGGAAACAGAGACAUUAUGCUCAGAUGAGGAUGCCCAGGAGCUGCUUAGAGAGAGUCAGAUUUCUCUUCUUCAACUGAGCACUAUUGAGGUGGCUACUCAGCUAUCAAUGAGGGACUUUGAAUUAUUUCGCAAUAUUGAGCCUACUGAAUACAUCGAUGACCUCUAUAAGAUGGACUCCAAAACAGGAAAUGCUCACCUGAAACAGUUUGAGGAUGUCAUUAACCAAGAGACAUUCUGGGUUGCCACAGAAAUUUUAACAGAGCCCAACCAGCUCAAAAGAAUGAAGAUUGUUAAGCAUUUCAUUAAAAUUGCCCUACACUGUCGAGAAUGCAAGAACUUCAAUUCCAUGUUUGCCGUUAUAAGUGGGCUAAAUCUGGCACCAGUAGCACGACUCAGAGGUACCUGGGAAAAGCUACCAAGCAAGUAUGAAAAGCAUCUUAGAGACCUUCAAGAUCUUUUUGAUCCAUCUAGAAACAUGGCAAAGUACCGCAACAUUCUUAGCAGUCAGAGCAUGCAGCCUCCAAUUAUUCCACUGUUUCCUGUUGUCAAGAAGGAUAUUACAUUUCUACAUGAAGGAAAUGAUUCAAAAGUGGAUGGCCUGGUAAAUUUUGAGAAACUUAGAAUGAUUGCCAAAGAAAUUCGACAAGUCGUCAGAAUGACCUCUGCUAACAUGGAUCCAGCUGUAAUGUUCAGACAAAGGAAGAAGAGGUGGAGGAGUUUGGGGUCUCUGAGCCAGGGCAGCACAAACUCAAACAUGCUUGAUGUUCAAGGAGGUGCUCACAAAAAACGUGCUCGACGCAGCUCACUCCUUAAUGCCAAGAAGCUGUAUGAGGAUGCCCAGAUGGCCAGGAAGGUGAAGCAGUACCUUUCCAAUCUGAAUGUGGAAACCGAUGAGGAAAAAUUCCAGAUCAUGUCACUUCAAUGCGAGCCUGCAUAUAGCACUUUGACCAAGAAUUUAAAUGAGAGAAGAGGCGCAAAAUCUUCAGAAAUGUCACCAAUACCCAUGAGGUCAGUUGGUCAAACCACAAAAGCCCAUUUGCAUCAACAAAACAGAAUGAGCCAAGUUCUCCAAGUUCCAGCUGUUAAUUUGUACCCUAUUAGAAAAAAAGGACCAGCUAAGGACCAUGUCACCUUCAGUACGGGUUCUCCUCAGAAGUCACUCAGUUUGUCUGAGGAAGUAAGUAGUAAGAAACAAGCAGAAGAUAGUAUAUCUAUGGCAUCCUCUUUGCACUCCAGUCCUCCUGCUUCUCCUCAGGGUUCUCCACACAAAGUUGGUAACAUCCAGAGGUCUGAUAACUGUGGUCAAAUGAAUCUCUCUGGUUCCUCCUCAUCGCUUGCCAGUGAAACCAGCAACAAGAACAGUGGGCAACGCAGCUAUGGAAUAGGCUAUGCCCUCAUACCAUCCACUAAAUCUGAUAACUUCUCAGACUCCAGCCACAGUGAGAUCUCAUCGCGGUCCAGCAUCGUGAGUAACUGCUCUGCCGACUCAAUGUCUGCAGCCCUACAGGAUGAGAGAUGUUUGCCACAGUCUCUUAUUGUGAUGGAUUCAGCAGGAGCAGCAGAAAGAAAAGAAGUUCCUCAACCAUCGGCUGAGUAUAGUCAGCCUAGCACUGGUUGGUCACUAACUAGACCUGCUAUAAUCAGAGGGAUGGCUGUCACAUCUUCCAUGAGCAAUGAGGAGAUCUCCCACGAGCAUAUCACAAUAGAAGCUGCAGACAGUGGCCGUGGAAGCUGGACUUCAUGUUCAAGUAGUUCUCAUGAUAACUUUCAGAAUAUCCAAAACCAGAAAAGUUGGGAUCUCUUGAAUUCUUACCGCCCCACUCAUCUAGAUGGACCCAUUGCUGAAGUAGAACCCACAAACUGUUGCUCUGAAGAGACUUAUUUGUAUUCUGAAGCCUUUUCCAAAAAUAACCAACAGUCAAAAGCCAGCACGGAACAUGAUCAAUCUCGGCAAAGCUGGGCCUCCUCAAGCUCCCUGUCAGACACGUAUGAAACAAACUAUGGGACAAUUAAACGGAGAGGGCUUGAGCACUCUACAGCGGAGCAGACUGAGGUUUUGGACUCUAAGCCAGCCACUGAUGCAAAUUAUAAAACUGUUACUUCAAGUACAGAAAAAGGCCUGAUAGUGUACUGUGUCACCUCACCUAAGAAGGACGAUAGGUAUAGGGAGCCUCCGCCCACCCCUCCAGGAUAUAUGGGGAUUUCUUUAGCGGACAUAAAGGAAGGAUCACCCCAUCACCCACACUUAAAGCCUCCAGACUAUAGUGUGGCAGUGCAGAGGUCAAAGAUGCUACCUAGUGACCUCUCUAGACUUUCAUCAGCUUCUCUCAGUAGUGAACCAGUGGCCUGUAUUUCAUCGAAGAUGCCUCAAUGGCAUAAACGGCAACCGUCCCAUCCUAAACUAGCAGAUAUGACUGACGCAGAUAGUGAAGAGGAUGAAGAUGAACAAGUAUCAGCAGUCUAA